CCGCCCGCCCCUCGCCGGCGAGCGCGGCUCCUCCUCCGGGAGGGCGCGGCGAGGCUGCCGGGCGGUGCUGCACCCCGGCGGCAGCCCCGCCGCACCUCCGCGCCCCGGGCGGCUCUGUGCCCGCCGCGACCGGCGCCUCUCCCGGAGCAGGCUCUGCGGAGGGCACAGACGGCGGCGGGAUCUGAGGCACCUCGCGGGGACAUGUCGGCGGAGCGCGCCCGGAGACUGUACCUUUGGUAAAGCUCUGUGGAAGAUAGAUGUGUGUGCUGCAAUGGUGACAUAAAUAUUUCAGAGGACUGCAACAAGUUGUUGAGAAUCUGUGUUUGUUUUUCAUGCUGCUGUUGAGAGCUCUCUAAGGCAAGUAAACACCAUGAGUUUUAUCCUGAAACUUCACAGACAUUUUCAAAGAACAGUAAUUUUGCUGGCCACUUUUUGUAUGGUGAGCAUAGUUAUUUCUGCCUACUACUUGUAUAAUGGCUACAAACAGGAAAAUGAACUUCCAGAAACAUCUUCAGAAGUGGAAUGUGGUGAUCCUCAACUGUUGCCAUACAAGCUGAUGGAGAUGAAGACCACGAAGCCUGUUGAUCCCCUGAGGACAGACCUUGUAGUGCUGGUGUUUGUGGAAAGCCAGUACUCAAUGUUAGGCCAAGAUAUAAUAACCAUUCUGGAAUCUAGCAGGUUUCAGUUUCACAUUGAGAUUGCAUCUGGGAAAGGUGACCUCCCAGUGCUUAUAGACAAAAACAAAGGCAAAUACGCUCUCAUAGUAUAUGAAAAUAUUCUUAAGUACGUGAAUAUGGACUCUUGGAACAGAGGCCUUCUAGAUAAGUACUGUGUAGAAUAUGGUGUAGGUGUGAUCGGAUUUCACAAAGGCAAUGAGAACAGCUUGCAGAGCUUUCAGUUGAAGGGUUUUCCUUUCCAUGUCCACAGCAAUCUGGGUAUUAAGGACUGUUGCAUUAACCCUCAUUCCCCACUGCUCCAUGUGACUAAACCUUCUAAGCUUGAGAAAGAGCCCUUGCUUGGAAAUGACUGGGCCGUUUUCCAGAUUAAUCACACAACUUAUCAACCAGUGAUAUUUGCGCAAGUAAAGACACCAGAAAACCUUUCUCCACCUGCUGCUAUAAGCGCUCUGUAUGCCACAGUAAUUCAUGACUUGGGGCUUCACGAUGGGAUUCAACGAGUCCUUUUCGGCAAUAACUUGAAUUUUUGGCUGCACAAGCUGAUUUUCAUAGAUGCCAUCUCUUUCCUCUCUGGAAAGAAGCUCACACUGUCCUUGGAUAGGUACAUUCUGGUUGACAUAGAUGAUAUCUUCGUUGGCAAGGAUGGAACAAGGAUGAACACCAACGAUGUACAGGCCCUGCUUGAUACUCAGAAUCUUUUGAGAGCCCAGAUUACAAAUUUUACUUUCAACCUGGGAUUUUCAGGAAAAUUUUAUCACACAGGGACUGAGGAGGAGGAUGAGGGUGAUGACCUGCUGCUGAGAUCUGUGGAUGAGUUCUGGUGGUUUCCCCACAUGUGGAGUCACAUGCAGCCACACCUCUUCCACAAUGAGUCCUCGCUGGUGGAGCAGAUGAUCCUCAACAAAAAAUUUGCCUUAGAACAUGGUAUUCCAACUGACCUGGGCUAUGCAGUGGCUCCACACCACUCAGGAGUCUAUCCAGUACACGUUCAACUUUAUGAUGCCUGGAAAAAGGUCUGGAACAUCAGAGUAACCAGCACAGAAGAAUACCCACAUCUGAAACCUGCAAGGUAUAGACGAGGCUUCAUCCACAGAAACAUCAUGGUGCUUCCUAGACAAACUUGUGGCUUAUUCACCCACACCAUUUUCUAUAAAGAGUAUCCUGGAGGUCCAAAGGAAUUAGACAAAAGUAUUCAAGGAGGAGAGUUGUUUUUCACAGUGGUUCUCAAUCCUAUCAGCAUCUUCAUGACACACUUGUCUAACUACGGGAACGACCGCCUGGGCUUGUACACCUUUGUCAAUCUGGCUAACUUCGUGCAUACCUGGACAAACCUGAAACUGCAAACCCUUCCCCCAGUCCAGCUGGCUCACAAGUAUUUUGAGCUAUUCCCUGAGCAGAAGGACCCUCUCUGGCAGAACCCCUGUGAUGACAAACGGCACAAAGAUAUCUGGUCUAAGGAAAAAACCUGUGAUCGGUUACCAAAAUUCUUGGUUGUAGGACCCCAGAAAACUGGUACCACAGCCUUGUAUUUGUUCCUGGUCAUGCAUCCUUCCAUCAUUAGUAACUCCCCCAGCCCAAAAACCUUUGAGGAGGUACAGUUCUUUAAUAGAAAUAACUACCACAGGGGGAUUGAUUGGUACAUGGAUUUCUUUCCAACUCCUUCUAAUGUCACCACUGACUUCCUCUUUGAGAAAAGUGCCAACUAUUUCCAUUCUGAGGAAGCUCCCAAGAGAGCUGCUUCCCUCAUCCCCAAGGCCAAAAUCAUCACCAUCCUCAUUGACCCGUCCGACCGCGCAUAUUCCUGGUACCAGCAUCAGCGAUCCCACGAAGACCCCGCAGCUCUGAAAUUCAGCUUCUAUCAGGUGAUCACAGCUGGCCCUCGAGCCCCCUCUGAGCUCAGAGCUCUGCAGAAGAGAUGCCUGGCACCUGGAUGGUAUGCUACCCACAUUGAAAGAUGGCUCACUUACUUCCCACCUUACCAGUUGCUAAUUAUUGAUGGACAGCAGUUGAGAACUGACCCAUCUACCGUAAUGGAUGAAGUACAGAAGUUUCUUGGAGUCUCUCCUCAUUAUAAUUACUCUGAAGCCCUAACGUUCGAUUCUCAUAAAGGGUUCUGGUGUCAGCUCUUGGAAGAAGGCAAAACCAAGUGUCUUGGGAAGAGCAAAGGCAGAAAAUACCCUCCUAUGGAUUCUGAGUGCAGGGCCUUUCUGUCGAGCUACUACAGAGAUCACAAUGUGGAACUGUCAAAACUCCUCCACAAACUGGGACAACCCCUGCCAUCGUGGCUGAGACAGGAACUACAGAAAGUGAGAUAGCAUUGGAAAAGAGCUUUUUGAAGUCUCCUUCCACACUUCAGUUGUCAUACCUGAACUUUCCAGUGGCUACCAGAAGGUCUUGUAAGAUAUACCUCUUCAAAAAAGCGUAAAGGUUAGAAAUUAUUUCCAUAUGCUGGCAUGUGGAUUGUAAAAAUACAUGUGUUCCUUAGAGCUCUGGUGGGCCAAAUCUUUCUCAUGAACAUUUCUGGGCCUGUGGACUUCUGGACUACUGUGCACAUAUGUGGAAGUUAUUUACAACUGGUAUAAGCGUCAGAGAUACAUGACCUGUCCGAUUUCAUGGUAAAUAUUACAUUUUUAUAUAUCAGUUUUAAAGUAUUGUGUCUCAUGUAGGUUUUGUAGCCCUUUGUUGGACCACUGUAAGUUUUUCUUGGAAUUUGGUUAUUAUGUUGCAUAGGAUAAGAUCAUGAAAUGUAGCACAAAAUGCCCAGAGUACUUCUGCCUUUGGAAUCAGCUUGCUGAUACCCAAAGUGUGUGCAAACACUGGGGAGCAGUACAGUUAUCACGUAUCAUUUAGCUGUGCGUGGCAAAAAAUGCACCCAGCAACGUCUGCAACCCACAGGUGUAGAAAGAAAGCCACAAGCGAGCCAAAACAGGAGGUGUGAUUCUAUCCGGUGACAACAAACCCUCACAGUGAGGGACGGGCCUUUGUCUGUAGUUAACAUGUCUGAUUCUGUACUGACUGAGAUGUGAAUUAUCUGAGCAGAAAUGUGAUUGGAUAUGUGAAACACGCAAGUUGCAGCAUUAAACAGUUGUGACCCAAACCGGAGUAGUGCGAGGAAGAGGCUUUCACCCCUGGUUCUGUGAGCGGCCAGAUCUGAGCACUGCAUUCCAGGCUUACAUUGCUCUGAGUCAGGAGUGACUCCACUGAAAUGAACAAAAAACUCCCAAAAAGCAGCAACAGAUCUUUACUUUUAUUGCCUUAAUUUGCACCACCAUUUUUUCCUUAAAUUAUUUGUAAAUUUAACCUAUGCUUUUCCCCCCUCAACCUCAUAAAAAUUGUAGCAUCUUGCUGCAACCUUCAGAUGACAUCAGCUGCAAAAAUUACCAGAUUUCCAGAUGAAAAUACCAGUUCUGUUUCCAGAUACAUUAAACAUGUUUGGUAUUAAAUAAUAGGAAUAAGCUUUAGAGGGGACAAAAAUAAACACAGUGUGUAGUCAUGGUAGAAAAUUACACUCAAAUCAUGGGAAAUUACAUGCAGGCAGAUAUUUGUGAUAGUUCUCGACAAUGCAUCUCUCAAUGUAUCAGUUUAGAUGUGAGAUAAAGUCUAAUCAAUAGUGCUUAGGAGUUGAGGAAGAUCAUUGGAAACUUCAGCUAAGUGUGGCCUUAAUGCUCCUCACAGAACUUUGGCUCUGAGUGUUUCUAAAGGCAUGAAGGAACCACAGUACUAAAUGCAAGGCUUUAUGCAGGAGCUCUGUAAUGUUUUCAUCAUUUGUUUCAGGGUGAAUAUUUUAAAAAUACGCAUCGGAUGGUGGAAAAACUUCCUAUGUCUCAGUGCUGUUUUACGACUUUUAUGUAAUCAUGCAAUUUAACUUUCAAGGUAAUGGAAUGGAAACCAGCCUGUUAUUCCCUAAAUAGAAAACAGAUGUUGAGAUCCUUACUGUACCUCUAACUGGUAAUCUUUAUUAUUUAUUGAUUUUGUCUAUGUAAUACGUGGUUUUGAUAGGCCUGUAAAGAAAAAAAUCUAGACAGAUUUGCUGUAUAUAACAAUAUUCUUUACGCAGCACAUUUUUGCUAAGGGCAUAUGCAUGAUUAAGGAUGAGGACCUACUAGAGUAGACAUUUUUUUAAGAUGAACAUUUCUGUUAUUUAUUAGAGUGAGAAUUUCAUUUUCACUUUAAAUAUUUAGUCAUAUGGAUUUGUCUCAAAAGCUGACUUGUCUUAAAAUACUUGUUAUUUGAUAAAAGAAGCACUCUGUAUUCUGAACAUCUGUAAAAGCGAAUACUCUGCAUGCUGCAGACUGCUCGUGCAUCCAUAUAGAUUUGUAACAGUUAAAUUGAAUAACCAGAGAAAAUACUGGGGGUUUUCAUCCUGUCAAGAUUGAUUUUACUCUUGAUACAACCUGGUGUAACAUCACUCAAAUUUUUGAAAAACAUUUGCAGGGAUUGCACAAAGCUCCUGUUGUGCAUUGCUGCCUCAGUUCUCCAUGUUCUUCAGUGAAACAGUGUUAUAAAAUAGAGGAAAAUGGGAAAAACCUUGGGCACUGUCAAGUGCCUGAUGUUUUCAGGGUGAGAACACAGACUGAGUGCCUCCUACAUGCAGGAGGAGUGGCCUUCAGCAUCAUUCCUAGUUCAUUCUUUGUUUUAAAGAAUUCCCUCUCUGUCUUCUUGUCCUGGGAAAGCAAGGCCCUGACAGAUUGAGAAUGAGUGGGCAGUCAAGGACAGAGUGGUGACAUUGGUCUCAUUGUCCCCUGGGGAAUUUUACAGCCCAUCUGUGGUCACCAUGAGGUACUGGGAUAAUAAGUCCUCCACAUGCAUGGCCUCGGCCUUGGGUGGAUUAUUAGUUGUUUGUAAAAGGAUGGUAUGAAGCCCUGGGGGGUUUUAUUCCAGAACUGUUCUACUGAAAUGUGUUCUUACAUUUAACAGGAGCCUUUAAAAAGCAUUUUUAACAUGCAGCCGACUUGGUGAAGGAGGAGGAGGCUGAGCACAGCAUGCAGACAGCAGCUGGGUGUGUGUCAGGGGAUGCACCUGAGUACAGGGGAGUCACCAAGUCAUACCACACGAGUUACCUGACAAAGUGUAACCUCUUCUGUUCACAGCUGACGUGCAAUCACUGUUUGAUUUCCAGAAGUCACUGUCAGUAUUAAUACUCUUAGAAAAACAGGUUUGUUAUAAUCUGUUUGCUAGUCCAAGUCAGAUGUUUCCUUGUGGCUGGUAACACAGCUGUGGUUCCUGUUCCCCCAGUAGGUAACUACACAAGCGAUUUCUUUAACGACUGCUUGAUUUUGUGAGUUUCAUCUUCAUUCUCCUAAACAUGAUUCUGAAAUUUGCUUCAUGCGGACCUCAGUGCCAUUAAAAAACUAUGUGUGGUUCUGAGCAGAUAUUGACCAUUUGGGGGUGUAAACACAGAGCCUGAUCAGAAAUCACCUAAUUAUUUGAGCUAACAUUCCUGAGAGUACUGUGACAUUUUCCCAGUUCUACUUGUGCAGAAAGAAUGAGUUUGGAUGAUUUGCAGACUAUCUUGUACAGAAUAUCCUUUUUCAUUGCUUAAAAAUGUGAAACUUCCUCAGGAAGAAAUUAAAUAGAUAUUUCAAUGUUUAUAGAUGUAAUACUCUUGUCAUUCACAUUGAAUGAAAAUUGCUGGAAACAUUUUUCUCAGAGUUUUUUUUUUUAAAUAAAAAAUAGAUAUUAUUCUGAUAGUGGCAUGGUAUUUGAAGUGCAACAAUAAACUCUGAUAAGAAAAUGUAGCGCUAUGUGGAAGCAACUUUUCGUGUUCACAAAGUUGUCCUUUUCCAGGUUGGUUAGCAGCCGUUGCAGCAUGACGCUGAGCUGUAACACAGGCCAGCAGCACAGGAGCAGCAUGAAAUGUUUUCAGAAAUGAAAAACACUGCUUACUCUUGCUGUGAGUGAAUAUUGCUGCUUUAUGCAGCUGCUUGUUUUACUGCUUUUGCUUCCUGCUUACUUUUUAUUUCUUGUGCCAGCACUUGCUAAUGUGCUGGAGAAACAUCUCCAGAGUUUGCUAUUUUUAAGAUAACAAGGAAAAUUUAUUCAAAUCAUUUGCCUUGGGGAUUCAAUAGUCGUGCCAAUGCAUCAGCCUACACAGACAUGAGAAAAGCUUUCUUUGGAGAAACCUCUGAAGAUGGUAUGAAUGUCCAAAGGAAAAUUCACUCUUACCAACAAAUUCAGAACAGAAUACAAAAUGGUACUUAUCUAGCUGGGUAAAAUCUGCUUAGGGGAGUGUGGGAGAUAGGAAACCUACAUUAACAAAAUCCUGCCGUCAUUACAGAGAAAUGAUGCAGCUUAAAAUUCUAUAAGCUCUUAAAAAACAGUAAAGUUAGUAACAAGUAAUAAGAAAAGGGGAAAGAUCCUUGCUGCAAAUAAUAAUAGCUUUUUGGCCUCUGUCUUUGAUUUAUCUACUUGCAUAUAAUAUUUCUUUUCAGUUCUUGUAGUCCACCAGUUUCUAGAGCUCAAAGGCAAAAUACCCUUUUUUUUUUUUUGUCUCUCUGCAUGACAUGGAUGGAGAAAGCACAACAGUCAGCCAAGGGCAAAUCCUAGGAGCAGGAAUGUUAGCAGCAGCUGAAACCAAGGACCAGAGAAACCUGAGUGAAGGAGCAAUUGUCACCAAGUAAGGGUGACUGUCUUCCCUGGACUGAGGCUGACUAACAACAGCUGAAUAAGCUGCUGUAGUGUCAAAGUUACAGUAAUUAGGAGAGAUGCAGAUUUGACAAUUAGGAAGCAUUUCUUUAUGAGAAGGUGUUCAGACACUGGAACAGACUCCUUGGAGAGGAGGUUGAUGCUCCAGGCCUGUCAGUGUUUAAAAGUCAUUUGGAAAAUGCCUUUAGCAACAGGCUUUACCUUCUGGUUGGCCCUGAGGUGGUUGGCAUUUGGAUUGAUGAUCCUUGUAGGUGCUUCCCAACUGGAAUAUUCUGUUCUGUUCUAUCCUGUUCUAACUCCAAAUUGAGGUGUGGACAUUUGGCCAGCGUGCAGUAACUUACGUGGACUGGAAAAGGAAAAUAAUCUGUGUUCACCUAGGGUGGUGACGUCAUUUGUCCAGCACAAAUGACUGGACAAGACAUUUUCCAGUCUUUCACGACCUCUGAUUUUUAUUUUAGUCCAUGGUUUUCAAGUAAUGAGCAGUAUUAUUGUAGCACUUAAGGCCAUCCGAUGACUGGACCAAGCCUAUACACACAUCUCUCUAAACAAAGCUGUCAGCAUCGCUGUCUCAAACCAGCUGAAGGUCUCUGCUUUGUUUUGGAGCAUGCCUUCACCCGUUUUCCCUCGGGGAUGCUUCUCGGUAUCAUCGGGAAGGAGCGGGAAUCAAAAGGCGAGAGGGAUCCAUCGUAUUUCCGUCCGCGCCUUCCCCUUGUGGCCGAGCUCAGUGCGCGUGCGCUCCGUGGCCUCGCCCCGCCCCCGAGGCCACGCCUCCACCGGGUGUGCCGGAGGAGCCCAGUUUUGGUCGCGUGCUGAUGGGGCUCCGCGUGGCCGGGCGCGCGGCGCGGCCGUUGCUGCCGAGGAGGUCUCGCGGCGCGGCCGUUGGCGCUGAGGGGGGCGGCAGCGGGAAGCGGAGGGGCAAGGUGAGGGUGAAGCUGAAGUGGCGGCGCGGCGCUCGGCGCCUUCUUCUCCACGGCGGCAGAGGAGCGGAACGGAGCGUAACAGACAGAAAGAGCAGAGAAGCUGAAAACAUGGAGGCGUAGUUGUUAAAGAUCGUCUUCCCAAAAAGUAUGUGUCUGACUGUGCCUAAUAAGCUCUUCAGAGGUGAGAUUUGGGGCAGGAAUAAUACCGAUUUGAUAAUUUGUUUAUCCAUUACUCUGCUGCGACUGGUUCUUUGAAACCAAGGUAUCACAGUUAUUUUAAGGUGUGCUUCGUUUUUAUGUGUUUUCGGGACAGAAGAGUGUAAUCAAGUGCAUGAAUGUGACCAGAAGGACUUGGGUUUGGAUGUAGAGACAUCAGAAAACAUAAUCUGCUCUUUCUAGUAGAAAAAACACACUGCCAGUACUUUGCCUGCCAAACUAGAAGCAUCUGAAUGCACAGAUUUCUCAGGGAUAUCCUGGGCAAGAGAGGAGUGUCUUUUUUUAUAAGCAUGUGAGUAAUAAGAGAAAUCUGCAGCUGUAGGAGCAAGGGAGAUGGAAGUUAAUACCAACAGCUGUGUUUCAGAGCAGCUUUACAACUUCUGGGAGAGUGUCCUACUGUUUCGUGAUCAUUGUUGUUUGUUUGUGUUUCCAGUAGCAAUAUUAAACUGCCUCAAACUUAUUUUUACAGGGGAAAAACCUUCUUGAAAGAAGAUGGGGCUAAAUUCCACAUCUGAAUUCUAGUAGUUGUAUCUAAACAUGCUGAUUUUCGGUUAGUGUAGGUGAACGUGUUUAAUCAUCUGGAAUUUCUGCCUUUUGGGAGCAGUAAUAUUUCUGGAUGUCAAGCAGAGCUAGUAAAAGCUAAUGUUAGGCUAGGUCUUUACCUCGAUUUUUAAACAUUGUUAAAAUGUGGAGCUUUAAUGAGAGCUUCUGCAGUCCAUCUCAUCUUAAAGAAGAGGGACUGGAACCCAGCUUACUGUGCCUAAAAUUAGCCUUGCCUGCUUCUACACAGACAGAUACAGUUAGGAUCUCAUUGUGUGCUGCUCCUCUCUUUGGGCUGUCACUAAGCCUUAAGCUAUUACAGUACUGGUUUUGUUAGUUAAAUGGCUGUACUGCACCGUCAGGGGUGGCUCCUCUGCUCUCAAAGUGUUAAAUAGAUUGUUGCAAUGAGUGUACCUGUGCUGCAGAAGCUGUGGGUAAGUUUUUGAAGUCUGGAAAAUGGAAGUGGAAAGUCCAGCUGUAAUUUUGGUGUCUGUGUGAAUGUAAAGCAUUUGAAUGUAUGAAUAAGUCAAUAAAGAGACAUGACUGGCUGCAA